AUGACAUUUCUUGAGAAAGUGGUAUUCAGAAUCCUAUUGGUGUUUCAGUUAUGUUAUCUUGGUUCUUCAAAACCCCAAUUUGCUAGCUCUUUUUGUAUAGAAAAGAGUGGUUCUUACACGAAGAACAGUCUUUAUCGAACUAAUCUGGGUCUCGCUUCUUCCAAUCUAACCUCGGCAUCAUCCCUCAGAAGUUUCUCUAACUUCACUGCUGGUGAAGGCAUUAACAGAGUAUAUGCCCUCUUCUACUGCAGAGGGGACUUGAAACUGUCAGAUUGCCGCGACUGUAUGGAAACCGCGACAUCUAGAAUUGUUUUAGAGUGCCCCAAUGAAAAAGAAGCCAUUGUUUUCUUCGAAGAAUGCACAUUUCGUUAUGCCAACCGGUCUAUAUUCUCCCUUGAGGAAGAAGAACCAAAUGAUUGGUCUUUCAGUGAAACUAUGGUUUCUGACAAAGAUCAGUUCAACGAUGUACUUACAGCUGCGAUGAGUGGCCCUAUUAAUCAGGCUGCUUUAAAUAGUUCCAAUCGAGGUUUUUAUACUGGUGUUAUAACAAACUCUUCUGUAAAUCAGACUUUAUAUUGUCUUGCACAAUGUACACCAGAUAUUCUUGGCAUCCCAUGUCGCCAAUGCCUCCUUGCAGCACUAGAUAAUCUUAUCGAUGAGGGGAAAACGAAGAUGAGUCUUUUCAUGCCUAGUUGUCAGGUUAUGUAUUCUCUUGCUCCUUUCUUCAGUAUUAGAAAUGCAUCAAGGUCUACGCUACAUGAUCCUGCACUCAAUUCUCCUGCAGUUUCACCACCUCCUCAAGUUCCCCCUUCCUCCCAGAGAAAUAGUAAAUUGUACAUUAUUGUAGGAGUUCCUGCUGGUUUAGGUUUAUUUUUUAGUCUUUUUGCUCUUUGGUUUUGGUUGCGUAAGAGAAGGGUUGGUGAGAAAAUUGCCCAACAAUUACCACACAAUGUGCACAAUACAUUUACAUAUGAAGAGUUAGCUUUGGCAACUGAUGAUUUUUCAAGCUCCAAUCUUCUCGGUCAAGGUGGUUUUGGAUAUGUCUACAAAGGAGUCCUGCCUAAUGGCAAAGAAAUUGCAGUCAAACAGCUGAAAGCUGGAAGUGCACAGGGGGAGCGCGAGUUUCAGGCAGAGGUCAAAACAAUUAGUCUUGUGCAUCAUCGGCAUUUGGUUUCACUAGUUGGAUAUUGCAUUUCUGGAGAUCAGCGAUUGCUUGUAUAUGAUUUCAUUUCAAACAAGACUUUGGAGUUCCAUUUACAUGGAGAAGGAACAUCACCUAUGAGUUGGGAAUCAAGGUUGAAAACUGCUAUAGGUGCUGCGAAAGGAUUAGCAUAUCUUCACGAGGACUGUAAUCCGAAAAUUAUUCACAGAGAUAUCAAGACGGAAAAUAUUCUUAUAGAUGAUGAGUUUGAAGCAAAGGUUGCAGACUUUGGACUAGCAAAGUUUUCUUUAGAUACAGAUACUCAUGUAUCUACUCGGGUUAUGGGAACUUUUGGCUACCUAGCUCCAGAGUAUGCUGCAAGUGGAAAACUUACUGAAAAAUCAGAUGUAUUUUCCUUUGGGGUUGUGCUUUUGCAACUGAUUACAGGGCGUAGACCUGUUGAUAAAACUCGCCCGUUCAGGGAUGAUAGCAUUGUAGAAUGGGCUAGGCCUUUGCUAACACAGGCUCUAGAAGGUGGAAGCUUCAGUGAUAUUGUCGACCCAAGAUUAGAAGACUAUAAUCCCAGUGAGAUGGUUCAAAUGAUUGCUUGUGCAGCUGUAUGUGUUCGUAUCUCUGCAAGACAACGGCCUAGAAUGAUACAGGUAGUUCGAGCUCUUGCAGGGAACUUGUCAGCUGAGGAUGUUUUGAAAGAAAUCACAGCAGAUAACACAACGUUUCAUGAAAGUUCAGAUUACAACUCUAGUGGCCAGAACAAGGAGGAAUCAAAGAAAUUGGGGAAGGUUAUUCAGACCUACACUCAUAGUACUGGAAUGUACAGUACAAACACCAGUGAGCUUGCAUCUACCUCGAGUUCUGAAAGCCAACAAGAAAACAUAUUGAAGCUGGGUAAUCUUAAACAGGCACGGUGA